AAUUACUUGCGCUUUUGCACAUGCUGUCGGUCUCUGCUGCUUUGUGGAGCCAAUCCGACAUGCUCCAAUGGGCUAUCCGAGUCCCAAAGUAGCCUCCAUUGUGGGUAUAUAAAGCUCAACAGUGAGCUUUUUGGCACAAUCAAUCGGCACUUUUUUUUCUCUAUCCAAAUCUGCCUGCCAAGUUGCCAGUCGCUAUGCCUACAAGAUCAUCUCUCAAGACAAACUGGGCGUAUGCAAUCAGAACGGACGAAAAUCCAACAGAAGCGGGACCGCCGCAAGAACGUUUAA